CGCAGGCACUGGACCACAUGACAGUCUGGCCUCCUUUGGCUUCUUGUGACUUGUCUUCAUGUGGCCUUCCUUUUACUUGGGCCUUGCCCCUCACUUGAGCUGUUUGGGAGCCAAAGUUGCCGCUCAUUGGACUUUGCUUAUAAUACCCCCAACAAUUUGCAAGGCUAGUUUCAGGCAAUUCUGCCGCAUUCUCGUGUCAAAACUACAGUCGAGCCCAAUUGAUCUUUGGAGCAAUUGAAUAAUGCACAAAAGGGAGAGAACGAAACAAAAAAGUAAGCCAAAACCGGCGUGUGAGAAAAAUUGAGCCCAGCGCCAUCAUCAUUAAUCUCCCCUUCUUCCCCAACGUUCCUAUUUUUCAAAAACCGUUGGAGCCAAAGAACACAGCAACAGCAACAUAUCAGAUCCCCUCUUUCAUUCUCCAUCUCUGACAUUCUUCUUCACACGAACCAAACAACCCAAACACGAUGAACUCCUCCAUCUAAUCCUUCCACUCGACCAUCUCCCACCUCCGAAGAUGGGUUGCAUGCUGGGCUGUUUCGGGCUCUCUUCCAAGCGCAAGCGCAGAAAACCCCCCAGCCGAAUCCUACCCAGAGACCAACAGGGAUUCGGCAGUUACGAGCAGCUGGAUAGUUCUGGGUCUGCGGAUAUCGAGUUCAAUGAGGAGACGGUAAAGAAGCAGGCGAAGGAGCCAGUGAAGGGAAAGAUCAGGAAGAAAGUGAGCUUCAAUUUGAAUGUCAUGGCGUACGAGCCGAUUUCAUCCCAAUACGAUGAAAAUGAAGAUGGGAAAACAGAGGAAAUUGGCAACAGAAGAGGGACAACACUUGAAGAACCACCUCCUUCUCCUGCAGAAAGAGAUCCAACAGCAAUAAAAAUGGUGUCUUACCCCUCCAAUUACAGAUAUCGAGACUGCAUCGAAAACUACGACGAUGCUGAUGAAGAAGAAGAAGAGUUCUACGACGAGAGUGAUUUGGAUUCCGAUGAGGACUACGAGGAGGAGGAGGACGAGGAAGCAGAGGGUGGUCAACUAGGUGAUAUUGAAGAGAUGAGAAGAAGAACAAGAGCAAUUCAAGACGAACAAGCCUCACAGCAUUUCAGCUCUUUGCAAGCGAGUUCAAAUUCAGGGAAAUGGCCAGAGAAGAACGAGCAUAAUGCCCGGGAGAGGAGUCAGUACAUACAUUCAGUGCUGAACCCAGUUGAGAAUCUGGCUCAGUGGAAAGAAAUCAAAGCUAAAGGGAAGCAGCAGCAGAAAAAGGAGAACACAGAAGCGAUGCUUCUUCCAGUUGAAAAGGUCGUUGUGGCUUCCAGCUUGUCAAACUGGUUAGCCUCUCCUCCAGUAAAUUGCCAGCCCAAAACCGGGGUUGACAAAAGCUGUGCUCGGUCAUGGAGAAGCAGAGAGGAAUCAUUAGGCAUGACCGAUAUCACCAACUUAAGUAACUGAACUGGAGAAAUUCCUAUAUGAUUUGUAUGAUGGAUUCGACAUGAAGCUUAGUGUGAAUUAAGAGGCCUUUUGGUCAAUGCAGUUGUUGUUUUGAUAUGAUGAUGGUGAUUGUGACUCUGUUGCCAGAUUCUUUGAUUCAUUUGGCUGUUGUGAAUUGCGAUUGUUGUCUUGUAGAAUCAUUCUUUUGUAAGUUACGUGAAGUCUGUCUUUGCGGUGUUUUUCAUCUUCUGCUUGUGUGUCUUGUCACUGGUGCUCCUUCAUUUGUUCUCAGAACCAUCAUUCUGAACUGACUUAUUGUUUGUUUGUGGAGAAUCUAAUUCAAAGUAAAGGAGGGUUAUUAUGGAUGGCAACAGUUACCAAUAUUCUCAUUCUGUCAUGACAAGAUAUGAAAUUUUACAGUAUCAUUCUGCAAACAAAAUUCUGGCGCAUGUGGUUCCAGAAGGAAUCCCAUACUACUUGGAGGUCACUCGUAGGAAAGGAACUCGAUUAAAGAGACAAUAGGAACACUUGGGAAGUAAUAGUUGAAUGAUCUACAGAUGCUGGUACAGAAUAUGCACAAACACUGGCAAAUAAGCCAGCAAUUUUCACUUUCAGUUUCUAUAGCUACCUCCUAUACGACAGAUCAGAGUUAUUGUAUGACUCUCUGCUUUGAUCCCUCAUCACCUCAUAUAAUAAGAUCGAAGCAAAUGACAACUGCAUGAAAAAAUUCCUGAAUACCUUCAUCGCAGUACUGGUAUUCCAAUAUGUUAUCAUUGUCAGGAUGAGCACCAUCAACUGCUUGAAUCAUGGUAAACUUGUAUGGCAAGAAUUUGAACCUUUGAUUCCACCAAAUAAGUGUCAAAAUUAUGGCUGCACAGAAGAGUGUGGUUUGGGGAUCUUCUGUAGUUGUUGAUAGUCAUCUACAGAUUGCUGAAUACUGCUGUAAUUGGUGAUGAUGGCAAUAUCUACAUUAUGGUACAAAUGCAAGCAUCUGAAUCCUCGUCAUCUGAGUCAGUAUCGCUGGAGUCAUAAACAUACAAACAAGAGGGGAGCUUAGUAGAAUGAUAGAGAACUAUCGUCGAAACCUGAUGAUGGAAAACUAAAAGAUGCUAAAGGUUCACUGAAGAACUCAAUAGUCUAAAAUUAACAGAGAAGAUGAGUUUUGAACUCCAAAGGCCUCAAUGAACUCUUACUACCAUA